AUGCCCAGUGACGAUCGAGUCAAAAAGACAGACUACCUGGGAUACACCCAUAGUGGUCCACAACAACACCAAUACCAACAUCCCGAAACUCAAGGUAUGAACCGUAAUUACCUUGGACCAGAUUUAGGCUCAACUCAUCUUCGUGAUCAAUCGAUUGACGUCCCAGACGAAGCCUACGGGAUGGAGGACACAUCGAUGAUGAGAGAUACUUCCAGAAGUCCUUUACACGCUCCUCAAGGCGGGAAUGGUGAUGGAUAUCCACUAGGAUCUUCCCAACCUCACGUUGCACCACCUCAACCCGCAGCGACCGUUCCCACUCCUGGUACCGGCACCAGUACACCAGGUAGUAGAGUCCAUUAUCCCCCUUCACCAUAUAUGGCUCGGGGGGAUGCAUACACUACAAUCCCAUUGCAAGAUCGAGAACGAGAUCGAUCUCGCGAAGAUUCACCUAAUCGAUCUGGUACGAAUACACCAGUAGGAUCAGGAAAUAAGAAGAAACACUGGUCAUUCUUACCUGGAUCUUCUACAACAUCUUUAGAAACUGGUACAUUACACGAGAAGAAUAUGGGAUCGGCUGGGAAAAGACCUAGAUCGGCCAGAGGAACAAGUUGGGAUCUAUUGGGAGAUAAAGCAGAAUGGGAAGAAUUCAACCCUAAGAACGCUUCGGUUGAGAACCUCAAGUUCGCUGAAGGCGAUGUAGGAACCAACAAGUUGUCCAGGUUUUACUAUUGGGCUUUGAAUAGAGGUAUAGCAGUUAGAUGGGCGAUGUACAUCAUACCUAUCAUGGCUUUGUUCUGGAUUCCUGGUAUUGUCGGUGUUACUGCUGAACCGGAUGCCACCGUCUGGGAGGUCAAACUCAUCUGGUGGUCUAUCUGGCUUACUGUCGUCUGGGGUGGUUGGUGGGCUUCCACAGCAGUCUUCAUGAUGUUCCCUGUAGUAUUCAGAAACACCGUCGGAGCAAUCAUCCCUACAGCUAAGAAAUAUACCGAUGUCGUCAGAGCUCUUGGGAAAUUCGCCAAACUCAUUUUCUGGAUAUUAGCAGUAUGGAUCUCAUUCACGCCAUUAGUGAUCAAUCAUUAUAUAGGAGAUCAAUCUGCCAACUCAAGAUCGAAUUUAACUACAAUGGCCAAUAUCCUCUUUGGUUUAUUCCUGUGUAGUUUGGUGUUAGGAGCGGAGAAGUUGAUCGUUCAGUUGAUCGCUUUCCAAUUCCAUCAAGAUUCCUAUGAAGAUAGAUUGAAAGAACAGAAAUUCAACUUGAAAGCUCUUACUGUACUCUAUACCAAUUCGCAUGAUAUUCCUGGAAGAACCGAUACACUCUCUGAUGCCGCUUCGGGUAAGACUAAAGCUUCACAAGUACCGAAAGUCGCUUUGAGAAAGGCUUUGAGAGGUUUAAAGGAUGUUGCUACGACUACUACUACUGCCCUCGGUAAUGUCGCUUCUGAAAUGGCUGGUCAAUCUGUUUUACAAACCAAUUCCCCUGCGAACAAGGUUACUGCUGCGUUGAACUCUGCCAACAAGAGUAAAGCUCUGGCUAGAAGACUAUACUACUCUUUCAGAGCUCCUGGAAUUGAUCAUCUUGAUAUUUCCGAUAUCGCCCGAUUCUUCCCUGAUCUUGAAACCGCCGAAACCGCCUUUGCGAUCUUUGACAAAGAUGGAAACGGAGAUGCUACAAGGGAUGAAAUUGAGAGUGCUGUUCUCGGUAUUCACAGGGAGAGAUUGAGUCUUGAAGCUUCCAUGCGAGAUUUGGACGGUGCUGUUCGAAGACUCGACGAUAUUUUCAUGGUCAUCGUCUUGGCUAUUGUCGUCCUCAUCUUGGCUGCUAUGGUCACUACCAAACUUACCACACUUGUCACUUCGGCUGGAACUUUCAUUUUGGGUCUCUCGUGGUUGAUCGGUGCUACCAUGCAGGAGAUCUUGGCUGCUUGUAUCUUCUUAUUCGUCAAACAUCCCUUCGACGUAGGGGACAGAGUUACCAUAGAUGGCGAAGGUUACACAGUCGCAAAAAUGCAAUUGAUGUCUAGUUCUUUCAAGCGGUUGGACGGUAAAUACGUUUGGAUAGGUCAUAACGUCUUGUCCACUAAGAUCAUUGAGAACAUCCGUCGAUCUGGUCCGAUAUCUGAAUCCUUCACUUUCGAAGUCGCUUUUGACACCUCUUUCGAAGCUCUACAAGUCCUUAGAGCGAGAAUGUUGAAAUUCUGUAAAGACAACUCGAGAGAUUUCUUGCCUGUUUUCGAUGUGAUCGUCGAUGAUAUCCCCGCUCAGGGCAAGAUGGUCUUGAAAGCGGAUAUCAAGUAUAAGUCGAAUUGGCAACAGGGCGCAUUGAAGGUGCAGAGGAGGAACAAAUGGAUUUGCGCGUUGAAGAUGGCUCUCGCCGAUCUCAAAAUCUGGGGACCUGCUGGUGCCGGUAACCCCGAACCUGAUCCAGCUGAACCUGUUCAAUACACCUUGGUCCCAUGGGAAGAAGUCAAAGGAGCUGCUGCACCUGCCACCUCGUCCAAACCGGAAUCACCACCACCAACGUUCGCCUCAGCCACUGCUGUACCUAAUCUGAUGGAUCAACGGGGAGUAGUCAACGAUUCGAGUCAAGAUGUAUUUGACGAACAGGACGAGCUGAACAACCAAUCCCUCGCACCUUCACGAGUCGGUACGCCUGGUCCCAGUCAGGUCGGUAUGAGAUCGAGACAUGCUCAGGAACAAGGUGAUAUUGAGAUGACCAGUGCACCUGUUGCGAGAAGAGUAUAG